AUGGGGUUCCAGCAGAAGCCGGGCGACUGGAACUGCCCGGCGUGCGGCGACCUGCAGUUUGCGAAGAACACCGCGUGCAGGCGUCAUCAGACCAAGCCGGGCGACUGGAACUGCCCGGCCUGUGGGGACCUGCAGUUCGCCAGGAACACGAACUGCCGCAAGUGCGGCGCGGGCAACCCGGCGGGCGCCGGCGCGGCGGGCGCCGGCGGGUGCGGGGGCGGAGGCGGCGGCUUCGGCCCUGCCGCUGCCCAGGGGGGCGAGAAGACGUCCCUGUACAUCAGGGGCCUGCCAGAGGGCCUCGACCCCCAGGCCUUCCAGAAGGUAAUCGAGGAGUACGGUGCCCUGAAGACGUGCAAGAUAGUGGGCAACGGCGUAGCCUACGUCGCCUUCCAGAACGCGUCGGAGGCCGAGUGGGUGGUGACCAAUCUUGACGGCAACAUCCCAGAGGGCUUGGACGUCCCGGUCAAGGUCACCUACGCGCAGGCUUCGGCCGGCGCCGCCGGUGGGCCCUACAACGGCAAGGGCGCCCCGGUCCCCCAGGCGACUGGCGGCGUGUUCGGCGGCGUCUUCGGCGGAAUGAUGCCGCAGCCCGCGGGCGGCAUGGCCAUGGGCGGCGGUGGUUGCAUGGGCGGCAUGGUGGGCGGCAAGGGCUGCGCGGCCAUGGGAGCAGGAAUACAGACCAUUAAGAAGAUGCUGAUGGCCGCUGAUAUGCUCCCCGGGGGCAGGUGGACGAACAACGACAAAACCGUUGUCGUCAAGAAUCUGCCGGACGAUUGCAGCGACAAGGACCUCUACGACAUGUUUUGCCCGUUCGGGCCCAUCCACUGCGAGGGCGUCAGAGCGCUGCACUGGGACGACGGGAGAAGCAAGGGCACCGCCUUCGUGAACUUCGUCACCCUGGAGGCCGCGGUGAACGCGUGCGCGGCGCUCAACAACCUGCAGCUCCCGAGCGGGAUGCUGCUGAAGGUGUACCGCAACGAGGACGGAGGCGGCGGUGGCGCCGGCGGGGAGAUGAAGCCCGGCGACUGGGCGUGCCCGGCUUGCGGGGACAUGCAGUUCGCCAGGAACGCCAAUUGCCGCAAGUGUGGCACGGCGAACCCGAGCGGCCCGCCGACGCCUGGCCAGUACGGCGGCGGCCCGCAGGUGAUGCCUGGAGACUGGUCCUGCCCAGCCUGCGGCGACCUCCAGUUCGCCAGGAACACGAACUGCCGCAGGUGCGGCGCUGGCAAGCCGGCGGAUGCCGGCGGUACGCCGGGCGGCUUCGGCGGCGCGCCGGGCGGCUUCGGCGGAGGAGCCGCCUUCAGCGCCGGGGACUGGAACUGCCCCGCCUGCGGCGACCACCAGUUCGCCAGGAACAUGCAGUGCCGGAAGUGCGGCACGCCCCGCCCCUCGUGA